AGCAGCGCAAUGGCUUCGAUGUGGUUUUCUGUUUGCCUUCUUCUAAAAGUGGCAGCCGUUUGCACUGCAAACGCAGGUAGGCUCCUUUCGAUUCCUUUAGAACUCAGUCCUUCACCUGACCAAUAUUUGCCAUGGAGGGAGUAAUAGCCUGCGUGCUCAGUGGCCAGAGCCUGACCUGAUCUGAUAGUUAACCACGAGUCUGGGCAUUUAGGAAAAUGGCAUCUUCUCACAAAUUCCUUUUUGGCCCCGUCAACAAAAUGAAAAAAUCUGACAAUAUUUUGUCAUUUAAUAUACAUUCCUUCGUGCAAUCCGAUUUUCUAGUAACGAUCUCUUAUGACUCCAUCACAAUAAGAUGUUUCGUUGAUCCUUGAUAGUAAUACCAAACUAUAGAGCAACCGAAUUUAGUUAGACAGCGAGUCAGGCUUAUACUUCUGAUCGAAAGAGGUCUUGAUACCUGGCUACAAUACUUAAUUUUAGUAGCACUCUUUUUAUUACUUUGGCGUUUGAUCCAAGCACCAGGUACCUGCGACUUUGAGAAUGGUCUAUGUGGAUAUACUCACGAUCAAAACUCUGAUUUCGAAUGGACUAACAACACAGGAGUCACUACAAGCUUCAACACUGGACCAUUAGGCGACCACACAACUGGAUCAGGUCAGGCAUUACAACAAAUAUACGUUGAACAGCAAGUGUUGCGUAGGCAACCCUUACUUUUGGCCCCAUUUGUGCAUCGGUCAUACAGACCAGCCCCCAGUCCUUAUUCGACAACCAACACACGAGUAUGAAAAUAAAAGGUUGAAUGUAACUUUACAUGAUUUUAAAUUUAGGAUUUAAAAAUAAAUUAAAUGCAUAUUUAAAAAAGGUCAUGUUUAACAUGUAAUUUUCAAUUUUGAUUAUUUCUAAUUUUGGGUAAGAAACAAAGUUAGUCCUCUUUUAUCUUACUCUGAUUACGAGUACCCUCAUCAAAACUCCAUUAAUUCAGCUUAAUAUAUCGAAAAUUAAAUCAAUCAACUCGUCAUUAUUAUUAUUACUAUUACUGUCACUAUUAUUAAUAUCCUUAUUAUUGUAACUAUCAUUAUUAUUAUUAUCAUAUAGCUAUUAUCGUCAUUACUUUUAUUUUCAUUAUUAUUAUUAUUAUUAUUGUUGUUGUUAUUGUUGUCGUCGCAAAAUCGUCGUUUACCCAAUACGGCCUAGACCGAGCAACUUACUGUCAACUUGGUCAUCGAUUAAUAAAAGCGAUACAUAGAUAAGAUCACACAAGCUCACUCGAGCCGCGGCUUUGCAUCUAAGAUGUUGUUGAUAAACCCAUUCCAAUGCAAUUGUAAAAAAUGUAAUCAUAACAUUUAAUUAUGUGAGAACAGGUUCUUACAUGUACAUCGAGACAUCGAGCCCACGUCUAAACCGAGAGGCAGCCCAUUUGGUUAGUCCUCAAAUAUCUGCUACGGAUGGAAACUGUCUUAGUUUCUACUUUCAUAUGUUUGGUCUCAAUAUUCGCGAACUAUCAGUAUAUACCCAGUCCAUUAGUGGUUCCAGACAUCCUUUGUGGCGCUUAAAUGGGGACCAUGGAGAGGCGUGGCACAAUGCUGCAAUACCAUUAAGCAUACCAAAAGAUCUCACCUUUAAGGUAAAUUUAGUUCAUGAUAGGAAAAGAGCUUAAGAAAUUACAAGUUAAAUUCAUUACAUGCACAAAAAACUCUUAUGACAGAUGAAAUAGUUAAAAGAACUUUGUAAGUGUGUAGAGUACUUUCAUUACAGGAUAACCCUUUUGCGUAAAAGUUUCUUUAACAAUGCCAUCUCUCUUAUUCAAGACCUAUCUAUCUGCAUAACAGAUAGAACACUUAACCAUUACCUAUCUUAAUGGAGGAAAAUCUUAGAUAUGAUAGACUUUUUACAAUUUUUACGCUGCUGUGACUGAACCUGGAGGUUGCAGUGAAACUAAAAUUUCAUUGAUUGUCUCCGUCGUGUUUUGCAGGCGUAAAUUUACUUUGUCUCUGUAUCAGCAAGGAAUGCAACAUUGCGAUCCGAUUAGUGUCCAAAUGAGAUUAGGUGUUCGAAAACGAAACGUCUAGAACUUUAACGUCGGAACUCUUGCAAUUUAAUGUCAGAAAUCUCAUUUCCGUUAACCUGAAUCCAUCUCAAAAACCACAAUUAAAUUCCAAAGUGACAUCACAAGACACCGCUCAACACGAAAGCAGCAAUAAAACGAGUCUCAAUCUCUGGUUAGAGGUCUUCUAAAUCAAAUGGAUAUCAAUUUGCAUGUAGGAGCAAAUCAUUGAUGAUAUCUAACUUUAUGUGUAACUACAAACUGAGUUUAAUUUACUGUUCAACGCGCAGAUUGUGUUUGAAGGCAUCGUUGGCACUGGAUACAUGGGUGACAUUGCCAUUGAUGAUAUCAUGGUCGAACACACGAAUAAAUGCGACAUAAACCCCCCUUCAGCGCAACCGCAGCCUCCUCAACCGACGCCUGUCCCUACCCCACCAUGUAAGUUAUUGUUAUGAUACUGACGUAAUCAAAAAUAGUAGAAUGAUAACCAUGGGACAAGAGAUAAAAUGAGACUGACAAGCUAAGUUCACUGAACUGUUGGCUGUCUUGAAGGUUACUUGGAGCGGAAGGGGUUACUAACAAUGAUAGCCUUGGGAUGCUAGAGAUCCAAACCAAUCAAUUUACAUAACAUUGCUAUUGGCUGAAAUGUCUUAGAAUUCUGAAAUAUUGCAGUCUUGGAUAUCAAUUUUGAGUUCUUCCUGGUUUUUAGCACAACAGGUAAAGUAGAUCCAUUAUAUUUUUAUUGGUUAAAACCUCUUAGAACUUUGAAUUGUUGAAAACGGGAGGACGUGCUUUCACAAGAAGAAUUUUUCUUAUGGUCACUGGAGGAAAGAAAUAUUUUUAAGUGCUAAACGUUUGAACGUGUCCUUUAGUAGCAUGUCGUAAUGAUGUGGGAUAUUGAUCAAAUGAAGCCUUUAAGUGCAUUUUAUUUUUUUUCCAGUUGUACCGUUUUGUGGUGUUAAACCGCAUACGCGCAUAGUCGGAGGCGCUAUAGCCACACCAAACUCCUGGCCAUGGCAAGCAAUGCUCAUGUAUCAAAAAGACACCGGCGAAUGGAAGCAGUUCUGUGGAGGAUCACUGGUGCUGCACGAUUGGGUUUUGACUGCUGCCCAUUGUGUCAAUAGUAUCAGAGGAGAUGAUUAUUCAACUUACAUGGUCAGGUAUGUUGAUCACAUGCAAAACGAAGCAAAUUGCUUCAGGGCUUAUAAAAAUCUGAUCAGCUCUGUUACGUGAAAGAAGCGUUCUUGAGGAGAACCAAGCGACCGCAAAAAAUACUUUUCAAUCCUGGAUUAAUAGGGACUUAAGGAUAUGGUGACUGAGGGCUACCGAUGGACGCAAGCCCUCUUAUUCUUUCGCACCAGGCUGAGUACAGAACGAGUGAAAUACAAAGUUAAAAUCAUAGAAUAUCUACCACAGAGAACGAAAAGAGCGCGAAGUAACUACAAAAGAAGCUUGCUCUGGUUUUCUUUUUUCACACUGUGAGAAUGUUCAAUAUACAUUCGUUCUAUUUUUUUGGUGGGCCCAAAAUAUAUACAGAAAAAUAGAAUUUGUAAUUUGGUUUGAAGGAGAGUACAAUGGUUUUGGUCUCGCCUGUUCGGAAUGAACACGGAAGAUGCACCUGGUUUGGGCGAGGAAAACAUCAUUUAUCUUGCUGCGUAUGUGGAGGUCAAAAUCAGUAACCUUGAGUUAUCCAUAAACAAUGCUUGCAUUUCUCAUGUUCAAAAGCGCUUCAAGUUGCUCUGAAUAUGGUGAUAUCGUUAACGUGAUGUAGAAAAGCAACCCCUUAGUCAAUGUUCUGACCCAAACCUUUCUCUUGUUCAAACAUCAGGUACAACUCCGUACCUUCCCUCAAUAAAGUGUGAGAAAUUCGCCGGCUACGCUCUGCUCACAUGCAUGUCACUCAUCUCGGUCGAAGUUUUCGUUCCUCCGUAGUCCAUAGUCGCCCUACAUUUAACGUCUCUAAAUAUAUGUUCGUUCCAUGACCGAUGUAGGUUGGGUGCACAUUACAAAAAUACUUCACUGUUGAUCGGUUCGGAACAAGACUUUGGCAUCAAAAAGAUCUAUUUCCAUCACGAGUACAACAGCGUAACAAAUUACAACUACGAUGUCGCUCUUAUUCAUUUGGAUCGUCCUGCAAUACUUAUGAACGGUGUGGGUCUUGUGUGCCUUCCUGAUGACAACAUUGAAUUUUCACCGGGAGCCGACUGCUGGAUAACAGGGUGGGGAACACUUCAACCAGGAGGGGCAUCACCCGAUGAACUACAAGAGGCAAAAGUUCCGUUGGUUUCGAACAAGGAAUGCACUAAAAAUGGUUCGUAUGAAGCCAGCAAAAUCACGCGUGAGAUGCUAUGUGCAGGAUUUCCGGAAGGAGGGAUAGAUGCUUGUCAGGGCGAUUCUGGGGGACCCUUGGUGUGUGAAGAUAACGGAAAGUGGUAUCUGAUGGGAGAUACCAGCUGGGGAUACAGCUGUGCAAAGCCAAAUUAUUAUGGCGUGUACGCAAGAUUGGCAUUACUAAAGGACUGGGUGUUCCACAUAUUAACAAAUCCUGAUUCAGCGUAAGUCAACAUUGUUCAAGGGAAAUAAGGUCCCCUAGGAAAUACAAUAACUCACUUAUCAUUCUCGCACGAAAUGUAAACACGCUGAAAAAAUUAUUUAGUACUUAAAAAUACAUCCAGAAGGUACUCAGUAAUAAAGAUUUCAUGAC